GUGUUUUCGUGCGGUGUGGUUGGCAGUAGUUGGUUUCUGUCAAGUGUGAGAUGGGUGUUCGAGGGCUAUUUCCGCUCGUAAAUUGUCCAAUUUCGCAAAAAUUCGCCGAUUUUUCUUGCAAGCGACACAAAAAGCCGAAACGCAUUGUUUGAUACACCACGAAAUCGGGGUAUUCGUCGAAACUUUGCGAAAAAGUGCCACUUUGACAGUGUCAUCUGGCGGUUUUGGGUGCAAUUGCACAUUAAGCACACGUGAAUUUCGAGGUUGAGGUCGUUUUGUGCUAAUUUCGGCCGUUUUUUCACCAAUAUGGAAUCGUGGGACGACGACAAUUUCGAGCCCCCAGCUGUUACACCUGGGAUUGCGGCCAACAAAUGGGAGGGCGAGGACGAGGACGACAACGUCAAGGAGAGCUGGGAGGACGAGGAGGAGGAGAAAGUGGAGGCGGCGCCUGUGGAGGAGCCCAAACCCAAGCCCAAAAAACCCUCAAUCGCUGAGAAAAUCGCAGAGAAAGAAAGGAAGAGGAAAGAGGAGCUUGAGAGGAGGAUGAGGGAGCAGGAGGAGGAGAUUUCCCCCGAGGAGAGGCUCAGGAUGCAGAAGGAAUCGGACCUGAAAAUAGCGCUAGAAACGACGUUUGGGGGCGACACCAACAACACAAAUGUUUCAGGUUUAGAGGGACUCUCGCUGCCAACCACUAAAGAGGAGUUUCAGGAUUUUACAGACGCUCUCUCGAGGAAACUGCAACCUUUAGCUAAAAGCACGGAAUAUCCGGUUUUUACCGAAAAUUUACUACGAAAUCUGUGUGCCACUUUGUCCUCAUUAGAUAUUAAGAAAAUUAAAAAUACGUUAGAUAAUUUAUAUUUAGAGAAACAGAAAAUCGAAAAAGGGGAGAAAUCAAAGAAAAACAAGGGCAAAGGCAAGGCCAAAUUACGACUGGAUGACGGAAAUCCCUUGUCGGCGUAUGUUAACGAAUAUGACGAUUACGACGACUUCAUGUAGCAGAUUGAAGAGAUUUAGAUAGGGUUUUAAUUUUUUUUUAAAUCUUCAAUAAAUAUAACUAUUGUUAAAUUAUAUGGUAUUUUUAAAGAGGUGUAGUGUAAUGAUCAUGCAAUAUGGUUAACAAUUUAUACUUUUUUUUCACCGUUUUUGUGUUUUUCUAUACUAAUGUAACGAGUCAUUAUUUAAAUUAAUGAUUUGCUGGUUUUUGUUGCUACGCUUUAAGGCGAAUUAUUGUAUGGAUUUGCAUACAAGUUGUAUUCAUGGAUUUGAUGCAAUUAUUGUUAAUAUCAAUAUAAUUUUUCAAAAAA